AUGGACUCCAACGAGGCUCCUCCUCCGUACUCCGCUGUCGACCCUCUACUUACGCCGACAAGCACCAGUCGGAAUAGCGAUGUAUCCGCUGAGACAGGUCGUCCUCUUCUCCGCCUUCGCGGAGGCAACGCGUCAUCAUUAAGUGAUGUUGUAUCCAGAGAUGGCUCCACGCCUUCGCUUGAUGGGUCGUCGAUGACCUCUUUUACCCUCCCGACCAACUUCGCUUCCGCUGCAGCCUACUUCACGGAGCGACCACCCACUGUCCUUGGAGAGGAACGACCCGUACUUUGUCACUACCUUACUAUUUACCCACGAAGCCAAUCGAAAGACUUCCCUCGCCGGCCGCGGUGCUGGAGUCCGCGGACGGCCGAAAUCACCCAGCAGGACUGGGAUAUGUUUCUGCGAUACCUAUUUCCUCCGCAUCUGGGACUCGCUGCAUCUUCCGCCCAUCUACCUCGUCAAUUGAGAGCUGAGAUUCAGAGAGAUCGUAAAGACCGUCCGCAAGAAUCCGAUGAGCAACGCCAAGUGCGCAUAGCGACUGUGAUCGAGGAAUGGAACGAAUGCUUUUUUGGACAUCGUGCAACGCGCAUUGACUUCAUUUAUGUGACAGACUCAGAGCGUGCGCCGGUGUCUCCUCUGUGUCCACAUUGCUACCCCGCUGCGACGAAGGCAUCGCGGACGAACCGGUCCACACAGGCACAGGAGGCUGGUGGAGUACAUACAACCGCGCUGGUGAAUGCGUCCCCAACAGCUGCCGCUGGACAGCCGCCCUCGCCAGCGAGUACUGGGUAUCCCUCUGGGAUGUACUCAUACCAGCCUCAUGUACCUCCUGCUCCAUACUCACCCUAUGCACCUCCCCCUUUUUUUGCCCCGGGUAUGGCGCCUCACACCCCUCCUCCUCCGCACGCAUACCCUUAUCCACCGCAACCUCAAUCACAUUACCCACAGCCUGGUUCGUGGGGUUGGAAUCACCAACCGUACAAUGUUCCGUACCAGAACACAAGCACCACUAAGGGCGGCCCGCUUGGCUGGAUCAAUUCGCUGGCGUCCCAAGCACAGAAGUACGGGGACCGCAUCACAGAGCAAGCACAACAUUAUGGCCGCCAGGUUGAAGAGCAGGCCAUGGCUCAUGGACGCUGGAUAGAGGAACAGGCCGGUCUCCAUAGUCGCAAACUAGAGGGUGUCUUUGGUGGCUUUUCCGGUGGCCCUCGUGUGGGGUAUACAACCAACGAUCCGCGAGCGCAGGUUUAUUAUCCCAAUGCCCAUGCUUACCCACCAGUCAGCGUGACGAUUCCUCAGGUGGCUGCAUCGCCUGCCCCGCAGCCUCGUCGGGCAUCUGUGGCCUCCGUAUCUUCAGAAUCAUCGUUUUCCUCGAUCGAAUCCAUAUCGACGACCUCCGAGCUCAGUUCAUCCGAUUUCGCGACUGUGCGCGCGCAACUUCUAUCCAUGGAUGACCACCAUGACCGCGAGCUGUACAAAGCAGCAGUCGACCUUCGGCGCCAGCUUGAUGUCUUGCGAGAAUCGCGCCGCCAAUCACGCGCCUCUGGGCGAGCUCAGCGGAGGAAUGGAUGGGGCCAUAAUGGGCCUGACCGGGGCGACUGGGGUCGAUGGGAGUCCCCACAAGAGCAACAACGCAGCUCGGCCGAGAAGCGAGCAUUGAAGGAAGAGGUGCGAGCGACGAAGAAGGUGUUCAAGGACGUGUUCAAGCGUGCCAGAGAAGAGGAGAAAGAGCGACGGAAGCUGAAGCGCAACCGCUGGCGUCAGGAACAGCGGUCCCGCCAGACCUCAAGGGAGACCGAACGUCCUCCAGAAGCUCUUCUCGAGCAGCGCAUGGGGGUUCUGGAACUCAAUAAUACCCAUGAAAGUGAACCCGCCGUUCGCUCUACCACAGGGAGUCCGUCUCAGGCACAUUCCGUGAGCUCCGAGGCCAGUGUCGUCAGUUCGGUCAUCAGCACGCCGAGCACGGUAUCAUCAAGCAGAACCCACAAUAACGAUGCCAAUACUGCUGCAGUUGGGGUAUCCGGACAAACACUGUCAGGACAGAGCAUGAACCCGCAAGGCCCGGGUCCGAAGCAGAAUGGAAGUUUUCAGCUGUCCCGGAAAAACCUAGACUCAAAUUCCAACAAUACAGCAUCUUCCGCGGGUAAGUGA